AUGUCUGUGACAACAGCAGCAGAUGAAUUGGCCAACAUGGAAACAAGAGAGGCAUCGCCUGCACAUUUCUUAAUCAAGAUUGAAUCCUUCUCCUUGCUUGAAAAGUGCGGAAUCGACAAAUACGAGACUAGAGAAUUUUCUGCUGGAGAAUACAAGUGGAAACUAAUAAUCUAUCCUAAUGGAGAUGAUGACAAAGCAAAAGAUUGCAACGACUAUAUUUCCGUACACGUGGCUGUAGCGAACACAAGUUCUUUGCCUGCAAAUUGGGAAGUCAAUGCUGUAUUUAGCAUCUUUCUCUUUAAUCAGAUAUCUGCCAAUUAUCUCUCUUCACUAGGAAUGACGAGACGUUUUCUAGGAAUGAAGUCCGAAUGGGGAAUUUCAAAAUUUAUCUCUAAGAAAAUUCUGUUGGACCCGUCAAAUGGAUACCUAGUUAAUGACAGUUGUGUGUUUGGUGCCGAGGUUUUUAUCAUCAAAAGUGAAACAGUCACUGAAUGUCUGUAUUUAAAGAAUGUUGAUAUCCCUUACAAGCGCGAUUGGAAGAUUCCAAACUUCUCUCUACAGGGACAUGUUUGGCAAUCUGAGCAGUUCACCGCUGGAGACCAAAAAUGGAAAAUUAGUCUUUACCCUAAAGGUAAUGGAGAAGCAGCUGGCCGAGGGGUAUCUAUCUAUUUGUACUAUGUUGGCUCUGAAAGGGUCAAGGCAAGUUAUACCAUACAGAUCAAAAACCAGGUUUCCGAUGAACACAAGAAUCAAAUUAGAACUGGCCGUUGGUUUUCAGCUUCCAACGAUAAUUGGGGAUGGGGUACAUUCAUGGAGAUUGCAACUAUAAAUGAUCCUGAAAAAGGAUUCAUUGUGAACGACUCUUGUCUUUUAGACAUUGAAAUCUCUGUACUAGCUGUUGCAAAACAAUAA